GGAGAGAGUCGUAUCGCACGCACCAUGUUAACGCUAAUGUCUACACUGCUAAUCGCCACACUCGCUUUGUUGGCGUGGUAUUUAUACAAUUUCUACACAUACUGGACACGACGUGGUGUUCUGCAAGAAACUCCUUUGCCAUUGGUGGGCAACUACAUGGGAGCUGGUACGAAAUAUCACAUGCGGGAUAUUAAUCAACGUCUGUACAGGAAAUUCAAAGGCAAGGCACCGUUUGCCGGCACCUAUGUGUUUGUGCGCAAAGUCGCUUUGAUCUUGGACUUGGAUUUGAUUAAAAAUAUUUUGAUAAAGGAUUUUUCAAAUUUCCAUGAUCGUGGCGGCUUUAAUAAUGUGGAAGAUGAUCCUCUAACUGGGCAUUUGGUGGCUCUGGAUGGUGAACAGUGGCGUGCCAUGAGAACGAAACUAUCGCCUGUUUUCACUUCGGCCCGUAUGAAGUACAUGUUUCACACUGUGGUUAAGGUGGGCGAAAGAUUUACUCAGGUCAUGGGAGAAGAGCUGGCCAAGAGCUCGGAUCAGAUAUUGGAGAUUCGUGAUUUGUGCGCCCGUUUUACCACCGAUGUCAUAGGCACAUGCGCUUUCGGCAUUGAGUGCAACAGCUUAAAAGAUCCCAAUGCAGAAUUUCGCCAAAAGGGUAGAGAUAUACUGACUCGCCCUCGCCACAAUACGCUCAUACAGCUAUUUACCCUGACAAAUGGUCAGUUGGCCAAAAAGUUGGGAAUGAAACUAUUUCCCGAUGAUUUGACCGAUUUUUUCAUGAAUGUCAUCAGACAGACGGUCGACUAUCGCCUAAAGAACAAUGUCAAGGGUAAUGAUUUUAUGGAUUUGUUAAUCGAAAUGAAAGCCAAAGAUGAGGAGAUGGCACGUGCCUCCAAAGGCAUUGAUUUGUCGCAUGGCCUGACCAUUGAGCAAAUGGCAGCUCAGACUUUUGUUUUCUUUUUGGCUGGUUUUGAUACCUCAUCGACCACCAUGGCUUUUGCAUUGUAUGAAUUGGCUUGCAAUCAGAAAAUUCAAGAUGAAUUGAGAAAUGAGAUUUUAGAUAGCCUAAAGCUGUCCCAAGGGGAGCUGACCUAUGAGGGGCUGCAUGGAAUGCAAUAUUUGGAACAAGUUAUAGCAGAAACCCUGCGCAAAUAUCCUGUACUCUCAGUAUUGGUGCGUGUCACCAAGAAUGACUACAAAGUACCAAACUCUUCCCAUGUUAUAGAGCGUGAUAUUCUGGCCGCCAUACCCGUUUAUGCCAUGCACCAUGACCCUCAAUACUAUGACAAUCCUGAGGAAUUCAGGCCUUCUCGCUUUACUCCGAGUGAAUGUGAAAAGCGUCAUCCCUCCACAUAUUUACCCUUUGGCGAUGGACCUCGCAACUGCAUUGGCUUGAGAUUUGGCAAAAUGCAAGCCAAAAUCGGCUUAGUCUCUCUAUUGCGGCAAUAUCGUUUUGAAUGUUGCCCUAAGACUGAUAUACCCUUGGAGCUGGAUAAGAAAAAUGUUUUGGCUGCUCCCAAAGGGGGCAUAUAUUUGAAGAUUGUACCUUUAAGCUGAAAGGAUAUUGUUAAUGAAAAUUUAUUUUUCAAAAAA